CCGAGCAUGUCGGGAGUUGUAGUUGGUCCGCCCGGGCCCCGCCCCUCGACCGUGCGGUGACGCCACUUCAGGGCCGUCCUCCGGAACCUUUGGGCAGGCGUCCUCGUCCCUGUCACCGCCACGUCGCGGACAUGGUGAUUUCAGAAAGUAUGGAUAUACUCUUCAGAAUAAGAGGAGGCCUUGAUUUAGCUUUUCAGCUAGCUACUCCCAAUGAAAUUUUUCUCAAGAAGGCACUGAAACAUGUGUUGAGUGACCUGUCAACCAAGCUUUCUUCAAACGCCCUUGUGUUCAGAAUUUGCCACAGUUCAGUGUAUAUAUGGCCUAGCAGUGACAUAAACACCAUUCCUGGAGAACUGACUGAUGCUUCUGCUUGUAAGAACAUACUGCGCUUUAUUCAAUUUGAGCCGGAAGAAGAUAUAAAACGAAAAUUCAUGAGAAAGAAGGACAAAAAGUUAUCAGACAUGCAUCAAAUAGUAAAUAUAGAUCUUAUGCUGGAAAUGUCAACCUCCCUGGCAGCUGUAACGCCCAUCAUUGAAAGGGAAAGCGGAGGACACCAUUAUGUUAAUAUGACUUUACCGGUCGACGCAGUUAUAUCUGUUGCUCCAGAAGAAACAUGGGGAAAAGUUCGUAAACUCCUAGUUGAUGCAAUUCAUAAUCAACUAACUGACAUGGAAAAAUGUAUUUUGAAAUAUAUGAAAGGAACGUCUAUUGUGGUCCCUGAACCACUGCACUUUUUAUUACCAGGGAAAAAAAAUCUUGUAACAAUUUCCUAUCCUUCAGGAAUACCAGAUGGCCAGCUGCAGGCCUAUAGGAAGGAGUUACAUGAUCUCUUCAAUCUGCCUUAUGACAGACCCUAUUUCAAAAGGUCUAAUGCUUAUCACUUUCCAGAUGAACCAUACAAAGAUGGUUACAUUAGAAAUCCACAUACUUAUCUUAAUCCACCUAACAUGGAGACUGGUAUGAUUUGUGUGGUCCAGGGCGUAUACGGUUAUCAUCAUUAUAUGCAGGAUCGGAUAGAUGACAAUGGCUGGGGCUGUGCUUAUCGAUCUCUGCAGACUAUCUGCUCUUGGUUCAAACAUCAGGGAUACACAGAGAGGUCCAUUCCAACACACAGAGAAAUUCAGCAGGCUCUCGUCGAUGCCGGUGACAAACCAGCAACAUUUGUCGGAUCACGGCAAUGGAUUGGCUCUAUUGAGGUACAGCUGGUGCUAAACCAAUUGAUUGGUAUAACUUCAAAAAUACUGUUUGUCAGCCAAGGUUCAGAAAUGGCCUCUCAAGGACGGGAACUGGCUAAUCAUUUCCAAAGUGAAGGAACUCCAGUUAUGAUCGGGGGAGGAGUUUUGGCCCACACGAUACUAGGAGUUGCAUGGAAUGAGAUUACAGGGCAGAUAAAGUUUCUGAUUCUAGAUCCACAUUAUACCGGUGCUGAAGACCUGCAAGUUAUUUUGGAAAAGGGCUGGUGCGGAUGGAAGGGGCCAGACUUUUGGAACAAGGAUGCAUACUAUAACUUAUGUCUUCCUCAGCGACCAAAUAUGAUUUAAAAUCUCUUGGAGUCAAAGACUGCAGUAGAGUGGUAUUAUAAAUUUGUGAAUAAAGAAUCAGUUUAAUUUCACCUUAGAUCCUGGUUCUAGUUUGACAGUUUAAAUUAUGACCUUUUUCAAAGGUUGAAAAUACUGCACGGAGAAUGUAGUUUUUAGACAUUCCUUUAAUAAAACUUAAAGCAUACACAACCAGCAUGUUAUAGGCAUGUAAAUACAUGUGUUCUGAAAUGGAUCUUCACUUGGAAGAAAGUUUUUCCUCCUUCUCAGAAGGAGUUUAGACACACGUAUGGUAAAGCCAAAAGCAGGAGCUUAUAGAUCUGCAUGAAAUGAGGGCGUUCUUCAGACUUCUUCAUGACCCACGUGACAUCUGGUUUUAAAAACAUGUUGACAUUAAAAACUUUUUUAAAAAAAUGAGUUUUAUCCCCACACUUCCACCAUGCAGGCCCAUUUUUGGUCUCCAGACUUAUUUAACCAGUAUUAAGAUGUUAAUGAGAAUGAAACACCGCUACUAGAAAUAAGAGUGUCAAUAUUAAAUGGAAUAAUAAAUGCUAUGCAAAUGAGAUCAAUCACUGAGGGAGGAAAACAGCAGCUCUGAGUUGCUUACCAACACUUCCUUUUCCCACUGGUACUUUCUACACUUCCAAAACUUCGUUUCUGUCUGAGCACAGGAACACAAUCAUUCCUAUGGGAGUGUCCACCUGCUUGUAUUGUCUGCAUGCAUUUAAUUGUUGUAAGAAACUUGGCACAGUCUGGAAAUCCACAUGACCAAGCGAGAUCUUCAGCUGUUUGCCCGUUCUUAUUACAUAAACUGAAAAUAUGAUAAAAAUUGAGUUAAAUGAA